AUGAGUGCAUCUGGGAAUGAUCAAGAAACUUACCGAGGUUUUCUUGGAACAAGCAAGUAUUCAAGCCGAGAUCGAGACAAGAUCAUUCCUGAAGCUAAAGGAAUCUUCAAUUUUCUUAGGCGAUGUACUUGCUACAAUAGUCAAUAUACAGAUUCUUCAAAUGGCAGGCAUCCUUCUGGUGUUAGUAUAUCUGAGAGAUCUCCAAGUGGGAAGAGAGCAUUUCUUUGUGGAGUGAGUUAUAAAGGACAGAAAUUCAAGCUCAAAGGAGCUAUAAACGAUGUGCAUAGCAUGAAAGAUUUACUCGUUAAACAAUUCAGUUUUCCAGUUGAUUCCAUUCUCAUUCUAUCAGGACAUGGCUUACGACAACCUGACUUUGACGGGGAUGAGAAAGAUGGAUUUCAUGAAACAAUAUGCCCCGUUGAUUUUCAAAGCAAAGGAAUGAUUUUUGAUAAUUACAUAAAUGAAAAAAUUGUUAGACCACUCAAGCCAGGUGUCACACUUCAUGCGAUAGUUGACUCUUGUCACAGUGGAACCGUCCUCGACUUACCCAUAGUGUAUAACGAAAACAAUGGAAAAUGGGAGGACAACCGACCUCCGUCAGGAGCUUCUAAAGAUACAAAUGGUGGAAAGGCUAUAUGUUUCAGUGCUUGUGAGGAUUAUCAGCUGGCUGCAGACACAUCUGCCCUCUCUCCAAAAAAAGAUAUGACUGGUGCCAUGACAUACACAUUUGUAAAAGCUAUAAAAGAUGCAAUUACAAACAAUCAAAUAAUAACUUAUCGUGGAAUACUUGACUCUAUGCACAAGACACUUGACAAGGACAGCAAAGAAGGAUGCCUCCAUGAACCGCUGUUAUCAUCAUCCGAAGAGUUCAAUCUCAACAGAGAGUUCAAGCUCUAG